AUGCCUUUCACGAAGCUCGUCAAGAACUCCCCCUACUACUCCCGCUUCCAGACCAAGUACAAGCGCAGACGGGCUGGCAAGACCGACUACUAUGCUCGCAAGCGCUUGAUCAGCCAAGCCAAGAACAAGUACAACGCCCCCAAGUACCGCCUUGUCGUCCGCUUCACCAAUCGAGACAUCAUCUGCCAACUGGUUACCGCAGAAAUCACUGGCGAUAAAGUCUUUGUUGCUGCCUACUCGCAUGAGCUCAAGAGAUAUGGCAUCAACAAUGGCCUGACCAACUGGUCUGCCGCGUACGCUACUGGCCUGCUGUUGGCUCGUCGUGCUCUCAAGAAGUUGGACUUGGAUGAGAAAUUUACUGGUGUGGAAGAGCCCGAUGGAGAAUACAAGCUUACAGAGGCUGCCGACGAGGAUGGCGAGGAACGUCGUCCCUUCAAGUGCUUCCUCGACGUGGGUCUGCACCGUACUUCUACGGGCGCUCGUGUCUUUGGUGCGAUGAAGGGAGCUUCUGAUGGCGGAUUGUACAUUCCCCACAACGAGAAACGAUUCCCCGGCUAUGACCAAGAAAGCAAGGAACUGGAUGCCGACGUCCUGCGCAAGUACAUCUUCGGCGGACACGUCGCGGAGUACAUGGAAACACUGGCAGAUGACGAUGAAGAACGCUACAAGUCUCAAUUCGUCAAGUACAUCGAAAGUGAGAUCGAGGCGGAUGGUCUUGAGGAUCUGUACACCGAGGCGCACGCUGCUAUUCGCGAGGAUCCAUUCAAGAAGGACGACGAUGAGGGAGACAAGAAGUCCAAGGAUGAGUGGAAGGCGGAAGGCAAGAAAUACAAGGUCAGCAAGCUGUCCAAGGAGGAGAAGGACCGCCGAGUCAAGGAGAAGAUUGCGACUCUUGCUUCCUGA